CUCUCAUGAGAACCGACCACAGCAGGUUUCAGUUUGACUCUGAAAAGGAGCUGAGAAGAUGUCACAAUCGGCAGACGUUAUUAACUUAUUCAACCCUUCUCACUGAACAACUGAAGAAAAUGCUUCUCAUAUUUGUUUUGUCCUGUUUGUGCUGGUGGAGUCUGAUUGGUGUGUUUGGAAAUUCAGUGUCAGUGACGGAAGGAGAUUCUGUUACUUUACACACUGGUGUUACUGAAAUAUAUGAGGACGACGAUAUACUGUGGAAAUUUGGAGAUGAAAAAUCUCAAAUAGCUAAAAUAAAGAGAAAGAAGCAAAACUUCUCCACAUCUGAUGGUCCUGACGGGAGAUUCAGAGACAGACUGAAGCUGGACAAUCAAACUGGAUCUCUGACCAUCACAAACAUCACAACUCAACACACUGGAGACUAUGGAGUAGAGAUAAGUGGAGCGAAAAAAACAUCAAAAACGUUCAGUGUUCUUGUCUAUGCUCAUCUGCCUGUUCCUAUCAUCAGCAGUAACUCUUCACUAUGUUCUUCGUCAUCAUCACCAUCAUCAUCAUCAUCAUCAUCAUCAUCAUCUUCAUCACAGCAGAAUUGUUCAUUGUUGUGUUCAGUGGUGAAUGUGGGUCAUGUGACUCUCUCCUGGUACAAAGGAAACAGUUUAUUGUCCAGCAUCAGUGUGUCUGAUCUCAGCAUCAGUCUCUCUCUACCUCUGGAGGUGGAAUAUCAGGAGAAAAACAGCUACAGCUGUGUGAUCAACAAUCCCAUCACAAACCAGACCACACAUCUGGACAUCAGCAAACUCUGUCACACAUGUUCAGUUCCUCCAGUCUCUGUGUCUCUGAUAGUGCUGAUCUCUGCUGCAGCUGCUGCUGGAUCUCUGUUGAUUAUAGUUGCAGUCGCGAUCUUCUGCAUCUGCAGGAAAUGUCAGACAAAAAGGAAAGACAAGACUCAUUCAGUGCUUUUUAAAUCAUCAUCUCGAAAAAAGAAAUCAAUGAAUGAACAUGUGUAUGGAAAUGUCACAACAAAGCGAUGAUCAAAUACAGGAUCUACUGGAAUAAAAUAGAUAUUGCAGCUCUGCAGGUCCUGCUUCACACCUCUUUAGGUUACAAUUAUUCUCGGCCAGGAUUAUUUGUUUAUUUUUUUAUUUUUAUUUUUUUUUUUCACAUCCACUCUCAUUGUUAUGUCUUGAAUGUUCGCUGCUGUUUAAUUUAGUGGUUUACAAGUAGUAUAUCAUUCUGAAACUCAACUAAUUUUUUAUUUUAUUUUCUAUCUUAACAUGCAAGAAACUUUAGCCUAUUAAAUACUGAUUCCGCCCUUUACUGUUCUCUGAUAAUAAUAAUAAUAAUAAUAAUAAUAAUAAUAAUAAUAAUAAUAAUAUCGAUUGCAUAUUUUGUACACGAUAAGGGCUGCUGGAUAUUUUGGCAAAUCUAGCAUAAUCACAAUCAUGGUGUCGAAAGAGGAAAAUCACGUCUCUCUAAUAAUAGCGCUACUUUUACCCCACAAGGUGCGCUAUAAAUAGAUGAUUCUUGCUUCAUGAAGGUUGGACAUCUUUACAGUGACGCAGAGCGCGCAAUCAGACUGGGGAGCGAUGAUCUCUGAGCCAGUGUCUAUUUGUGGUUUUUGCCUGAUCUCAGACCAGUUUUUUUUAUUUUAUUUUUUUAAUCUUGGCAUUUAAUUAAUGGCACAUUUUUUAUAAUAAAAAGGAAGAGCUGUAGUUUAGAGCUGUAGUCACCUUUUGGUCUGAUUACCCAAGAGACUUGAAGAUUAAGCCUUGAGACUUACUUGUGACUCGCACAUGUGUGACUUCCACCUCUGGGAUCAACUAAACUCUGGAUUCUCAAAAGUAUGUGUAUGUAAUAUUUAAAGUUCGCGGCAUAUAAUCUUUAAAAUAUGUCACCAGUCUGUUAUUGUGGUGACAUUUCCACAUCCCCAAACGUAACACUGAAUGAGGCUAACUGUGAUUGGUUGAUUGACAUGUCAAACAGCUCCAUGGGCGGGCCUUGGCCAAUGAAAGCUGCCAUGAAUUCUAGACCUUCAGCCAUCAGUCUGAACCCAGACAAAACAGUGCAAAACUUUUUUUUAAUGGAAACUCUGGUGCGUUGAAGACCCUGUUUUGAUUAUUCAUGAGUUGCAACUAUGGCAGCUGAGAAGGCCUUUUCUU